UGCGGAACAAAAAAUCCGGAUUUUACCGUUUUUCGAUCCCCAAACCGUGUUGGCCAUGAACUGGGAGGACUUGUCCAUUCUAGUGCAUGGCCAACACGGUUUGGGAUCGGUAAAUAAACCUGAACAUCCUUCUCCAACUCAAAAUUCCCUUCUUCUCUGAGUUGCCAGGGCAAGGGCUUGUUUCUGAGAAAGUGGCCACUUGCCAUACAAUGGCAGUGCUUUUCCGGAAAUGCGCAUUGUGCUGUAUCCGCUGGGUUAGAAGCUGCCAGAGAGAUUGAUCAAAAACCCCCCAGCCCCCUAGGCCGAUCACAUCAACAUGGCCAUUACCGCCGUCGUUCCGGUGGACAACAUGGUGUUCCUGCAUACUUCACAGCAUCGGACGUGGCGGCCAGUUCGGUACCCAGAUUCUGCCAUCACCUGCACCGCCACAGCUAAAGACUCUGAAUGAUUACGCCAGAUCCUGUUGCAACCCGAGGAGACACCUAGCUGGACUGCCUCUUGGCCACAACGCUCACAAUCUGGAACAAUCGAUGAAGAUGUCCAGCGCCAUCGAUGAAACAACUUCAAGCUGUUUUUAGCAGCGAUGAAAAAGUCGACGCACAAGUCGUGGCGGUCACCGCUCACUCAUCGUCAAUGGCCGCGAGCUGUGCAACAUUUUCAACAAAAAGUUCGAGGGCGUGGUCCUAAUUCGUCGUGGAGCGGUCUUGCCACUGACGCCACCGGAACGAUCGCAGAGACUGGUUAGAGAAGGGAACGGUCGUGCGCGGUCCGCUAUCGAACAGCUGUUGCUCCAGCGGGCGGACGAGAUCGAGUUCGAGUUGAUUGUGCGGGUUGAUCCGGUCGCCCGCGAGCAAAUGGAACGAAGCGUCCGCUCUAACUUCCACAUUCCGAAGAUGAUUGCCGAACCGUCCCGGUCGCUGCUGGACGUCACCUCAUCGACGCAGCACGACAACGAGCAGCAGCACUACCAAGAGAAUGAGACUCGCCGGUCAUCGAGUGGUUGUUACAGCAAUUAUCGGCACGAUGCUCCCGAAGCGCGGUGCCACGGAAGUCCGUUGCGUUUUGAAAUCGCGCACAACCCAAACCGAUCAGAAAUGGCAGCUUCAGCCAUCGACAGCAGCAGCUCGGUUGUAACACGGCUCCCGGUAAGGAGAUGUAGUAGGUGAAACCGAACAUAUCGGCGUUGAUGAACUCAGCGAACAUGCUCGGAACCGCAAUGAUGAACCUGAGCCGUUUUUCGACCCGCUCUCGAUGGUGUACCAACUAUGAUGAUCCCCGGUGGGCAAGCGCCGGUUCCUGGCCCGUCGGUGGCACUGACAGCUGCCAACAUGCCGGCACGGCAG